UCUUCUCCUCUCAAACCUCACCCGAAAACCAGAAAACAGAUUCAGCUGUCAAACAAUCUCGCGCUGUCAAACACAACCAAAACUACGUUCUUUUUGUUUGUAGUCGGUCGCGGUUGGGACGAAAAAUUACGAAAGUUAUUUGCAAUUUACACCCGUAAACAACCGCCGUUGUUGUGUACCGUACCGGCAAACGUUCGUGCCGGGUCCGUGACUAGAUGUAUCAGCAGUCGUGCAAUCCGGAAUCGAUAGUAGCAGCAGCAGCACAUCCGCGAUGAAUCCGGUUUCGCUGUACAUCACAACCUCACGGCUAGUGUUCCAAAGCGGUUGCGGCGGUAUUGGAGACGGUGGCACCGGAACCGAUGCCGUUGGCACGGGAGGAAGUGGCACCAUCAGCAACAGCAGUGCAUUUGCCGAUCUGAACCGACUACUGCCGUACCUGAGGAAGAGUCUGAGCUGUGCCGUCUGUUGCCGGUUGCUAAUCGAACCGCACACACCGGCCGAGCUGAACUGUCAGCACCAUGUCUGCCGGGGGUGCGUCGGUGAGCGAAAAAAACUUAAACCGUCCUGCGCUUCCUGUAAGGACUACAACCGGUAUGUGGAGAACACGCAGCUGAGGAUGCUGCUGCAGUGCUACAAAAGCAUCUGCGAGUACAUCAAGACGAAACCGUUUUUUGCGGAAAUCCGGAGGCAAGCAACCGGAGUGAAUGGAAUUUCAGUAACGGUGGUUGGACAAAGCGCUAGCAUGAGUGGGAUGGGUGCAGGUGGUGGCCAACAGCAGCAGCAGCAGCAACAACAUCAGGGCACAAUUUCUGUACCCAGCAACCUUUGGGAACUGAUCGAGGAAGGGGCUCUGUUUCAGGACAACUAUCGGUGCAGUUCGGGACUGACCAAAUCGGCUUACUCAAUUCUUCCUUGCAUUUAUCCGGCACCUCCGGUUACAAUGAACGUCCCUUCGACACCGCCCACCUCCGCGACAGGUCCACAGCAGAUGAUUAUCACUUCCAACAGUGGAGGCAUCCAGAUGCAAGCGAAAAUUAUACCUGCCACCUCUGGUCUCGAAAGUCAACCGUACACGGUUAGUGCCUGUCCAAUCUCCAUCCUGGACAAGCAGCAUUUGCACCAACAACAACAACCGAAUCAGACGCAGAUUCAACAGCAUCAGCAACUGCACCAUCAACAACACCAGCAGCAGCAGCAACAACAACAGCAGAAGGAGAUUAAAUUUCGCUCGGCACCGAUCAAAACCGUCUCCAAUGGUUCGACUAUGUACUCCGUUCUGUACGCCGGCAAUGGAAACAAAAUCACUAUCAAACGGAAGACAGAUCCACCGCACGUCCAGCGACGAGCCACACUGCAUACCCUGGACAAAGAUGGGCAAAUUAAGCUGGCAAAAACUCUGGCGGAGAAUUCGGCCACCAUUGCCAGCUUCAAGAUGCCUCCGACGGCGACUGCCACCCCGAUUCCAGUGAUCACCACUAGCAAUGCCAAUGCCAGUAAACAGACCGCAAAGCAGUUGCUGAAAAGACGCGGCUGCCGUUGUGGCAAUGCAACGGCCACCCCCGGUAAGCUGACCUGCUGUGGACAACGAUGCCCUUGCUAUGUGGAAUCGAAAUCAUGCAUCGACUGCAAGUGUCGUGGCUGCCGGAAUCCGCAUCGAGCUGAUGGCAUGAAGGUUCGUCCCCACAUUCCAGAACUGCAGAACAUCGAAAUCAACCUUCACAACGCAACCGCCAGUGAAAGUCUCAGCACAGCGACAACGACGGUUCUGGCUUCUCAGGUGACCGCUGGUGGAAGUGGAAGUGGGGGAGGUCUUGCCACAAUCGCAUCCAUCAACUCACAGCCGCACGGGUCGGGUCUGAGUGGAGCAACAAGUCUGACACAUUACGGUAUUCCCGGGACGGCACCUGGUUCGACACUGAAAAUCACUCCCACGUCGAUAGCGAAUGUGUUGACCGGCGGGGGUGAUGGGAUGGAGCUUGGACCGAGUGGUGGUCUGCUGGAUUCUAAUGGGUUCAGUUAUCUAACACCGGCCGCGGCUAGUCUGGAUUCGAGCUCGAUGUUGUCGGGGCCAACCGUCAGCGGGGGUACAACGACGCAGUAUACCGUUCCCGGUAGUAGUUUGACCAACGGAGGGACAAUUCACGUGGUCGGAGUGUAUACGACUCACCUCGGAGAUGUCAGCUGUAGUCCCACGCUGUCCAAUAUGAUCCGAACGGACAGCGGUCUCAGUAGUCUGCUGACUCACAAACCACCGGAUGCGCUGCUGACGCAAACUUCCCUCAAUACGCUCAACCUGGGCACACCGACAACGCUGCUGGGGCACUCGCUGUUUAAUCCCACCACUACGACGACGAUGACAGUGGCCAGCGGGUUGAGCGGGGUUAGUGGGGGUAGCGGUGGUGGUGGUGGUGGCGGUCUUGUUGAUCACAGCACGGCCAACAGUAGCAUGGAUCUGACCGGGAUGAGUGACGGCAGUGGAAUCGAUAUCAGCGAUCAGCUGGAUCUUGGUGGAGCGAAUCUAAUCACCAUCGAUGGUCCGUUGGAUGAUCGGUUGCAUGGGGAUGAUGUCUGAAUUGUAGUAUGUUGAUGUAUGUGCGUGUGUGUGUAUUUCUGUAUGUGUACGAUGGUAGGUAUGUGUGUAUAGGAAAACAGGAAUAAUCCUACUUUUUCACAUUUUAAUACGGUAUAAUCGUAUCUUUUUUAUAACUACUUGUUUAGAAAGUUUAGUUCGUACCGUUUCUGUUCGGGAACGUCGCAAUUGCAUUAGGUUUCUCUGCUAAUUUGUCGAUAUCUGUAGGCUAAGUGAAAGGUUAUUUGAUGUAUUAUGAUUACUCUUAUUGGUGUACAUUACAGGCAAGGAAAAGUAAAAAAACGUACGAUUUGCAGUGUAGUAGUGAGAUGUUCGUUUUUAGGUCCCCCACUGAAUUAAGUAACACACCGUCGCCUUUCCAAAUGAUUUAAUAGAGGUCUCUCCCGAUUGUUGGGAGUAAAUAUGCAUAAAUAAAAAGCAAGUCCAAUUUUGAUCAUA